AUACAAACAAGACGUUAGUUAAGGAAAUAUUCUUCUAUAGAAUCGAAAGAUUAAUUAAGGAAAUAUGCUUAUAUAUAUACACGAUCGAGAGACUAAUUAAGGAAAUAUGUAGUAAAUAUGGAAAUAAAUCAUUGAGUUUGCGAUUUAAUAAUGACGAGAGAGAGAGACGCUUGUGUUUCCGUAGGUUCCAAGAAACCUAUAUAACAUAUUCAAGCUCACAAAGUUUCUCUCUCACUUUCAUAAUUCUUCUCCUACGUGUUGUUUUGAGAGAGAGGAAAAACCCUAGUUUCUUAGAGAAUCAAGAGAACUCACCAUGCGAGCUUCUUCUUCGUCGUCUUCUAACUCACUUGCUGCAACCAGUUUGAGCAAUAGACUAAAGACAAUCUUCAAGAAGGCUUCCGAGCUUUCUAUCCUGUGUCAAGUUGCGGUUAGCGUCAUCUACUACGGACCAAACGGCGAGUUGAAGACAUGGCCUAAGGAGAAAGAGGUAGUGAAAGACAUGGCCUUAAGGUAUAAGGCGGCCACCAAACGCAAGAAGAGCUCCAAUCUUCAGGAUUUCUUGGAGGGCAAGUUAGAGAACGAUAAGAACUUGAAGAAGAAUAAGAAGAAGACGAAGAGAGAGUUUGAGAACGUCAAGUAUCCAGAUUGCUAUCCAGUUCUUGAUCAUUACUCUCCCGACCAACUCCAUGAACUUGUUCUGUCCUUACAAGGGACUCUCUCUACUAUGGAGGAAAGGAUUCGUGUUCUAGAGGCAAAGAAACAGAGGAACACAAACUUGGUUCAUCAGACAGUGCAACCCUCAAACCCUAGCAAGUGCUCUCUGUAUCUGUAUAACCAUGACGAUGCUACUCUCUCACAGCUCCCACUCUCUGCAUCACAUUCCAACCAACUUAUCAAUUACCAAAAUCACUUGAGGAUGCAGCAGCAGAGGCUUUAUGAUCCUUGCGUAUCUAACACGCAAGGUCACCCAGCUUUACUUUCAGUACAAGAAUCUAGGUUGAAGAAUCAGUUGAUGCAGCAGCAGGAGGCUUAUGGUUCUCAUCAUAACGUGCGUAUGAUGAAUAACACCACCAACAGCAAGGUUCUAGGACAUCCUUGUCCCUUAAAAACAAUUCCAAAGGAGUUUUCUUUUGAUCUCCAGAAGAACCCUAAUGAUGAUAUGGUCGGUAGACCUAAGUACUCUCAAGAUUUUCCAAAUUUGUUUUUAGCCUAUGCUGAUAUCCCUCAGCUUCAGACAUCUUCUCUACCAUCUAUACACCAAACCAUUCCUAACAUUAACCUUAUUCCUGACAACUCAAGAUGUCCCUGAGUUGAAGUAGUUACCUCCUUGAGAGCCAACAAUGAAGAAGUGAAGGGAUGUUUCUUCAUCUAGGUUCCUCCUGCUAUAGUCUAUAAGUGGAGAUUUUUGUUUUGACUUUUUUGGUUUUCUUGAAUUUUGAUAUAUUUAUUCAUUUUUGUAACACUGAUUUAUUAUAAUACUAUAGUUAUGAGAAUGAUUAUCUAAACGAUUCUACAACCGACAAUUCAUAUGAUUUAUGAGAAUUCACGUCUAAUUGUACUACUUGCAACCGCUUCAUGAAGAUCCUCUGAUUAUUUUCACUUGCAUCAUGUUGAAGAUCUCAUGUAAGUUGCUUCUGUUAAUCUACAUAAUUGUUAAUAAAUCGUCUUCUCUGAAGUUCACAACCUUGAUUUCACAGUUUGAAAACAUGAACCCUUGAUGAAACAACUGGAUUAAAAAGGCUUCCACAAUACAUUUAUGUAUAUGCACAUCCAUCUAAAAAUAACCGAGAAGUAAAAAAAGUUUGCAUUAGAGAUAAGUAUCACACAUCGAAAAUUCAAAUGGACCGUAAAUAAUAUAUAAAAGGUUACAGCCAUUCCAUGUACUACCAAUUGAUUUUAAGUUAGAAGCCCUUAAAAACAUGAAUAUGACAUGGUAUCAGAGCAUAGAUCCUAUAAACUGUAAACCCUUAAUUAAUUUAACUUCUCUAUUUAAUCCUCUCAACCGGGUAUAACUAUUUUACUAAACUCGCUCAACCGAAUAUAAAUAUCAAAGUUCUGAAUUUCUUGCCGUAAGAACCAUCAUCUCAAAAAUGAGUAUUAGGGAUAAGUAUAUCACAUCAGAAAUUGAGGAUGUUAAGUAAUAUAUAGAGGGGUAAACCCGAAUCUAGGAGUUGAGAUGUUUAUGUGUUCAGUGACAAGAAUGUUAUCAGUAUAUAAGUUAAACAUCUCAACUGGUUUAAUCCUCCACCUGGUUUUCAUUGCUCUUGCAUCUUUAAGUAUUCAAUCCUCCACCUGGUUUUGAAGGCCCAUUGUUAAAGAGAUUCAACUUCCAUUUUAUUUUAUCUACCCAUCAACUAUUCCCGCGGCAAGCAAAACGCUAAUUCUAAUCGUAUAUAAGAGCUUGAGCUUUUAGCGUUUUGAUGUUAUCGGUUUGAAUACAUGAAAAUUAUAAUACUACCUAAAAUGCUGUGAUACAUUGAUCUUUCUAAAAACAAAAGAACAUUGGAAAGACAGAGGGAAUCAUCAACGGCUAUGACAACCAGCUUCCCAUUUUCUCUAAGCACACAAUAAAAGUAUAAUGUCACGGAUGAAUUAUUUUGUAAUAUACGUAUAUUUUGGUAUGUAAAUUAAUAUUUUAGUUGAAAGUUGUUAGUGAUCUUGUAGUGAUGGAUUCGCCUCGUGGACUCUUAUUAUUCUCCCAAUAAGUCGACACUAGUUGACCUCCUCAACACACGUACGAGUUUUUCUUUAUUUAAGGGAGAAAAUGCUAUUAUUUUCUUGUUUUGAAAUAUAAAUAAUUUAUCUAAAAGCGUGGAUUUUUAGAAACAUAUGUAUACCUUUUUACGAAAACAUUCAAGCAUAUGACUUCUUGGUUCGCCUGUGAUCAUCAUUUAAAAUUGCAUAAAACAAAACAAAACUUCUUAUAAUGUUAUAAUUAAGAACGAUCUACGAAAUGUAAUUUAUGUAUAAUUAAUUUCUUGUUAGUUAUAUAAAAUUAUCAUGUUUGAUUGUAUGCCUACACAUUCAAUAAAAAUAAUGGCCAACUGA